AUAAAUAAGAGGGUCCUAUGUCAGGGAAAUUAGAAGUCAGUUAACAUAAGCGUAUACUCAGACUGAGCAUUAGAGGGCUUUUCUAAACCAAGGCUGUUGAAACUGAACAGUGAAGAAAUCAGAUAGUUAUUAGGAAGUUUAGAUAUAAAAUCAACAGUAAGAAAGCAUUUUCUCUUGGCUGACCGAUUAGUCGUGCUUAAGGCAGCAUGAAUCCUGUACUUAGUACCUUGUUGUUCUCAGUGCUUCUGCUGCUGACCCACAGAAUUCAGGAGCUGGUGGAGGCGUGCAGCUGUGCCCCUGCUCAUCCGCAGCAGCUCAUCUGCGAUUCUGCUUUAGAUGAAAUGCCUUCUUUUGUCAGCAUUAGGAAUGCCUUGAUUCGAGCAAAAAUAUCCAGUGAAAAGGUGGUUCCUGCCAGUGAUGAUCCUCUUGAUACCCACAAAAUGAUCCGGUAUGAAAUCAAACAAAUAAAGAUGUUUAAAGGAUUUGAAAAGCUCAAGGAUGUCCAGUACGUCUAUACUCCUUUUGAUUCAUCACUCUGUGGAGUGAAACUAGAAGCUAACAACAAAAAACAAUAUCUUUUGACAGGCCAAAUUUUAAAUGAUGGUAAAGUCUUCAUCCAUUUAUGCAACUACAUUGAACCAUGGGAUGAUUUAUCUUUGUCUCAAAAGAAGAGUCUUAAUCAGAGAUAUCAAAUGGGCUGUGGCUGUAAAAUUACUACCUGCUACAUGGUGCCCUGCUCAAUCACUGCACCAAAUGAGUGCCUCUGGACAGACUGGCUGAUAGAAAGAAAGCUAUAUGGGCACCAAGCCAAGCAUUAUGCCUGUAUCAAGAGAAGUGAUGGCACUUGCAGCUGGUACCGAGGUGGCCCUCCUCCAGAGAAAGAGUUUAUUGAUAUCAGCGAACCUUAAUGUGAUGACUUCCUGAAAAGCCUUGGAGUCUAAUUCCAUCAAACAUUGCACGCUCACAGCUUUGAACUGCUAUCACCUAAUGUAUCUGUUGCUUAGAAACAAAAACAAAUUGUCCUGUACAGCUAAAGUAUGAGUCUGUGGAAUUGGCACUCAGGCAAGAAGACGAACAAAUCUCCUGGAGGUAGCUACUCUGUAAAGUUAUGCUUUAUACAGAGAGGCUCAAGCUGAGAAUGCUCCUCUGUGUUCUCUAAGGCACAACUUUUUUUUUUUUUUUUUUUUUACCAAUAUGAAUGUACAAGAACAUAAGAAUGGUCAGAAUUUCGUUCCCUAUUUUUGUCAACCUACAAAUUAAAAAAGCCCCAUGUUUUAUUCCAAACCUUUCUGAUGAACAAAGGAAAGUUUUAUAAUUUUUUUUUCUGUAUGAAAGUCUUCUGAUACAAAAGAAUUAUUGUACAGUGUAUAUGCAAAGUAUUAUAACAAUUUGCUAUAAAAGAUUCAAAAAAUUGUGGUUUUUUCCUUACCUGUCAAAACAAGUUAAACACUUCAGUGAUUAAAACAAUCUGUGCUCCAUAUUUUGUAUGUUACUUAUGUCACAGGUUUCUUUAUCUACAGAGUCGUAACUUUCAUUGAUAAUUAAGUUAAAACACAGCCUUGAUAAUCAAAAUCCCCUUAUCCAAUUCAAUAUUCCUGUGAACUAGCUAUACCUUGCAGACCGUAAAGGCAGAUGUUCUAAUGCUUCAGCAUUUUAUAGAACCAACAUAAAUAAUGACAGGUGAAAACUGUUUAUAUUUACAGAAAUUUACAUGUCCAUCAUCACUGCAGCUGUAGUACUUGAUAUUGCCUCUCUAAAUGUGUGACUAGGUCAUUUUACUUCAGCACUAUUAAAGCCUUGGCUUUAGAAGCUCAUGUAAAAAUAUAUGCAGUAGAUAUUUAAUAACUUACAGUGCAAGUGAUUCCUAAAAAGCUCUCAAAUACUGGUUCAUAUUUAAUAAUACAUUAAAUUUACAUUAAUGACUUUUCAUUCAUGAAUGCCCAUUGACAUCUGUCAUAACGAAUUUUUUAACUCUGACUUAACCUAGAGAAGUGUUACAACUUACCCUAGCGAAGCGUUGCAACAUAGUUUACCUUUUAGCUUCUUAGAGUCUAAACUUUUAUAAUUUGAUUACUGUAGUUAAUAGCUAAUCUCACACAUAUUUAAGUUUACAAAAGUAACUCAAUUCACGGUAGUAAAACUGAAGAAAUUAUUUUGGUAAAUACCAAAGUUUAGGUAGUUGACGAACUGCUUGUGUUCUAGAAACUGGAUGAGAACCAUCACACACGUUAUGGAUCUGUAACAGUUGCCAUUUCCAACCUAUAUUUUACUCUCUCUAACUUUCCCUACUGGAUUUCUUUAAAUUCAUUCCAAUUUUGCCUAAAGAUUACUCUCAUUUAUUCCUCAUACAGGAAUUUAGAACAAUAGGCAGAGAAAAAUAUUUAGACAGUUCUGUUCUCAUUUGGAUAGAUCAGGUCCAUUUGAAAGUUUAACAAACACUGUGACAUUUCCAGCCUAUGGAUUCAUCAAGAGUUAGAGCUGUUAUUGUCUGAUGGCUCAAGGGUCCAGUUUUCCAAAUAGUGCCUUUAGUCUAUUUGCCAUUGAGACCUUUAAAAAUCAUCACGACUUAAAAUUGCAAAGAACAUAUGCAUUUCUUUAAGUGAAUGGGCAUUUCUAAUUCUAUUCAAUUCAAUGAAAGUGUAUUUUGGGCUUAAAAUUCAGCACGUCCUAUAUAAUUGUCAUACUAAGAUAUGUCAUUGGAUAUAAAAUGUAUACUUGCAAAAGACUGUAUAAAUGAUUUUUGUGACAUACUCUGUUUUAGUGUUUCUGUUAUUUUGACAAUUGCAUUAAUCCAUAUUUAAAUGACAGACAAUGGCAGCUUUGAGAAGACAAUUGUGAGAAUGAAUAUUAUUUACUUUUCUUGUGGCUAAAUUAAUACUUACAGAAAAGCAAUGAAGUAAAAAUCUAUUUUGCUGGAGAUUGUAAAUGGUACUUACAUAAGGGCUUUUAUAUUUUGUUUGACUGUAAAACUAAAUAAAUAGAAAAAAAACGUUGAAA